AUGUCCCCGAGGCGCGUCCGCGGCGGCGCCAUCGCGAUGUCUCCUAUCGGCGCCUCCUGUCUACGCGCGGAGACGGCGCGCGGCGACGCACGCGGCCGGGUCCUCUCGCGCGGGGUGGUGUGCCCCCGGCGCGAGGACGCCUUUCCCCGACCGGCGUUUCUUUCAACGGUCGUCUUCUCGGAUCGACCGAUGAGCUCUUCUUCAAUUUCAUCGCGCCGUCGCCGACCGCGGACGUCACUCCAUCGAGCGAACGCGCGCGCGGACGAAGAUGGCGGACGAAAAGAAAGAAGAGCCGAAGAAGGACGUCGCGGUCGACCUCGAGUGCGACGACGAGUUCGAGGAGUUCGGGAACGAAGGUGCGCGCCACCGGGGGAGCCGGCGUCGACGUCGCGCGCGCGCGCGCGAUCUGACCUAAAAAAAAGUGCUCCCGCCGCGAGAUCUCAUCUACUCCGCGCUCACCAAAACCUCUCGCCCCUCGCGCCUUUCGUCGUCGCAGAGUGGGCCAACGAGGACGAGGACGCGGAGGACGUGCAGCAGUGGGAGGAGGACUGGGACGAUUCCGACGCGAACGACGACUUCACGAAGCAGCUGCGCGCGGAGUUAGAUCGCUUCGAGCAGACCAAGCAGUGAUGUGCGCGAGGGCGGACGGCUGUGUUUGAGGAGGAGACCGGGCGAGGGCUCGGCGCUGACGCCGCGCGAUGCGCCGCGCGACGACCGCCGCGGACGCCCCGCGCGGCGUCGACGAACGCCGUAGUGUAGAGACCUAGCGCGCGAGCGAUCGACCGGUCGCGUGUUCGUAACCCGACCUCAGAUCUCGCGCU